UUACUACAGAUAUCACAAACAACGUGACUAUGAUGCUGAUGUUCUUUAUUCUCCUUCUCUGUGUUCCGGAUACCAAUGAGAGCGAGUGUUCGGAUGCUGCAGAAAUGGAGAAUAUACCAUAUAUCCGGAUGUGUGAGGACGGGAACGUGACGUCACACAGAGUGAUAGUGGACACGCACGAUUCCGCGGCCACAGGGGGGACAACUUGUUCUUGUUUUGCUGACGGUGUAGAAAUCGUAAAUAUAUACAUAGCACAUUUCGGCAAUGGAUUGAACCCAAAUACAUCUGAUUGUGGCAGUGAAGUUUCGGUCAUCGGAGUAACUGGCAUAGAUCGUGAAUAUAAAUGUAACGCAAUUCCGAUAGCAUAUGUUGCGGUAAGACCGGUCACUUUAACAUGGAAUAUGACUUCUGAUGGAGAUUCAAAAUACUGCCUCAAUAUCACAGGAAAGGUAAUUAAACAAAAUACCACUUUAACAAUAACGUGUUCCAAACCAGAAAUAAUCACUACCUCGUCCUUUACAACCUCUGAAACGACAACACAAACAACAAAAAUAACAGAGACCACUCCUACUACCAAUAAAGUGACCACCACAGCGAUGACCAAUGUGUCUAACACUGACCACGUGACAACUGGUCCAACAGCUCCGACAUCUAGUGUCCCUGUCGAUACCAGUACGUCACUUCCGGCGGAAAGUUUCCCUCUGAUAAUCGUUGUACCAGCUGCUGCCGGAGGGUUUGUUCUGAUUGUCAUCAUAAUAAUCAUCGCCGUCGUCUGCUGCAGAAAACGUAACAAGUAUUCUAAAGGAAGACACAGCUACAUUGAUGAUACGAUAGACCCCUACGGGACGAGCAAUCCAGUGGCCAACAACGACAACGAUGAGGACAGCGAUGGCUUAAAAAUAAACAUUCUGUACGACACUUCCGGUCGUAUUUCAAUUAAUGGUGAUUACUCUUCUGUUCAGCUUCCCGAGUCGAAAGCACCGGAAGAUGAAUAUGCUAAAGUGAAGAAGAACGUGCCCAAACAAAACGAAGAAAUUGAACAGGACAAAAUUGAGCUGUCGAACUUGAAUGAAACCGGAAAUGACAUGUAUGCUGUUGUAAAUAAGUCCAAAAAGAACAAAAAUACAGAGAAUUCGUCAAGUACAUCACAAACGGCCGAGGGUUUGGUAUACGUGGAAGUCGAUAAAGCAGCACUGAAAAAAUCCGAUCAGAAUAUAAAUACAUCCGACGGUGGGAAAGAGAAAGAAAAAGACAACACUGAAUCUGAUCACGUGAAUUACGCACAGGUAGUUGUCACGUGAUGCGCUGAACAUGUGAUGUCAAUAUCAAGUCACAGGGUAUCUUAUUUCUUUUUAUAGAUUGGAGCUAUUUUCAAAAACUAACCAACAAAUUUCGACGGAAUUAACUAUACACACUUAUAGUGCACUACAUAUAUGCAAAUAUGUAUCGAAGAAAAAUGGUUGAAUGA